ACGAGAACGAGAAGCUCAUUUUGCCCAGAAGAAAGCUGAGAGAGCCACAGUUAGAACCCACUUCAGGGAAAAGUACAGACUACCAAAGAAUGAGGUGGAUGAGACGCAGAUCCAGCAGGCGGGCGAUGACGUGGUGUUGCCCACAGAGCUGGCCAAGAUGAUCGCAGAGGACAACCAGGAGGAAACGCACAAGCAGUCGGUGCUGGGCCAGCUGUCCAACAUCCAGAACGUGGACAUCGACCAGCUGAAAGACAAAGCCCAAGCCACGCUGGAAGACCUGAAAAAGCAGACAGAGAACUGCAGCCUGAUGUGAUCGGGCCGCGCUGGGGGGGAGGCUCGGCAGAUCAGAGAGUCAACUUGAGCAAAUAUUUGUCAGAGGCAGAGCUUCUCUGGGUGUAGACAUUUUCUCAUUGCUUUAGUGGAAUGUGAGUUGGCAGUGUUGCAUAAUUACAGUUUUUUCUGGCAGUGUAAAGUUAGACUGAAGCCUAUAAUAUCAGGAGCUUGUCUUGCUAACCAAAAUAAGAGAAAAAAUAAAGUCCAAAGUCUGCAAGGUCCUGAAUGUCACCCAUAUCUUUACAAAAAAUAACCAUUUGCGCUCUGAAGAAAAAGAGACUUAACCAAUGAGAUUAUUUCUGCAAUGAGCUACUCCUCCUCUGAGUAAAGUUAGUCAGUGUACUUCUCCCAACCCCCACCCUCGCCUUCACUCUCUGUACUUCCUGUGACCAGUGAUAGGGUUCUGCAGCACAGGUUGUAACAGUGUGUGCUGUUUUUUUAAAGACUUUCUUUCUUUUCUUUUUUUUUUUUUAAAUCAAAGCAGAUGAUUUCACCGACAAACAAAUUCUAAAAAGUCACGAACUCUGAGAUCAGCUGCAUGGGUGGAGUGCAAACAGGCCCACAGGUUCCUUUGGGAAAUUAAAACAUUAUUGUAGGAAUAAUGAAGUCAAAAAUACUUUUGUGGGGUUGUUCCUUGUAAAAAAAAAUUUAAAACUAGUCCAGCUUUUUGCUAUGUUUUUAAAAUGUCCACAUCAUCAAGUCCUGAUCAGUCUAAAUAACAAAGUGAUGUAAUGCAGGCACAUCUGCGGGCAGCACAGUGUUGUUACCAGACUACUGUAUUAUAGUGUUGCCAGCCUUCUCUGGUUGUUAGGAUUUGAACCAGCAGAACUAGAUUAAUAGGAGCAGCCCUGCUUUUGGAGCCACAGUCUGCACUCUCAGGUGUUGGGGCUUUAAGUCCCGCCUACUGCCCCCCCCCCCCCAACUUAUUACCUCACAUGAUCUUUCUGAUUUCAUGUUAAGAACUAAUUUCAGCCAAACAUGUUAGAAACAAAUAUUUUUGAACACAUAUAUAGCAACAUAAGGAACAACAAAAGGCAACAUCAGAAAAAAGGCAUUUUUUUUUACCAAGCUUUUAUUCAUGUACAUGAAGGGGGCGGGGCUAACUGGAGCCAGGUAACAGGGAAAGCUGAGGCUCUUUCACAAGACACCUCAGUCAGGACUUAGACUCCUUCUGGCAGCCUUGGUGUAAUUUCUGAAUGGACCAAAGCAGCGAGGCCAACCCACUCCUGAUGCACUUCUGUGCUGUGGAGCGAGGUAGUAACAGAGCCGAAACAGCCCACAUCUGAUGAAGUAAUGACAAGUGGUCUGUGCGACCAGCUAGUCAUGGGAUUAAACAAUGACGACGUACAAAAACUUUGCUUUUAGUUUUAAACAAAUUGUCAAGCUGCUAAACUUACAGAACUGGCAUAAUCGAAAAUCGAGACAAGGAAGACGUUUGUCACACAUUUAAAAUUGUUAUUGUGUUCACCAUCAACACAGCUGACUUCUGUUCCACACUUCUUUUUGUUCUGAGAUGCUUGUUUCUUUUGCGAAAACUCACAUCUCUGUGAGGCAUAUUCAAUUUUAUCAGUGAUUGCCAGAGGCAAGAGAAUGGCCAAACAGACUCGUUUGUGCUGACAUUUUGCAGAAGUGUUUAAUGAAAGAGUCUUUAGUAAAGUCCUGGAUUUAACUUAGCUUCCAGGUUCUUGUUGGAGGUCUAGA